CGCUAUCCAACUGACAAGGCAUACUUCAUAGCAAAGGAGAUUCUUGCUACAGAACGGACGUAUUUAAAGGACCUGGAAGUUAUUACAGUGUGGUUUCGCAGCGCAGUCAUCAAGGAGAACGCUAUGCCAGAGGGCCUGAUGACAUUACUCUUCUCUAACAUCGACCCGAUUUAUGAGUUUCAUCGAGGCUUUCUGAAAGAGAUUGAGCAAAGGCUGUCGCUCUGGGAAGGGAAAACCAAUGCUCAUGUGAAAGGAGAUUAUCAACGCAUUGGAGAUGUCAUGCUCAGGAAUAUGCAUACUCUAAAGGAGUUUACCAGUUAUCUGCAGAAACAUGACGAGGUCCUGACAGAACUGGAGAAAGCAACUAAACGCCUAAAGAAGCUGGAAGCGGUGUAUAAGGAGUUUGAGCUGCAGAAGGUUUGCUACCUGCCCCUCAACACGUUUCUGCUCAAGCCAAUCCAGAGACUGAUGCACUACAAGCUGAUCCUGGGGAGGCUUUGCAAGCACUACACGGCAGAGCACCGGGACUUUGCCGAUUGCCGGAAUGCGCUGAAGGAAGUCACAGAAAUGACAUCUCAGCUGCAGCACAGUCUCAUCCGCCUGGAGAAUUUCCAGAAGCUGACGGAGCUGCAGCACGACUUGAUCGGUAUCGAUAACUUGACGGCACCCGGGAGGGAAUUUAUCCGGGAAGGUUGCUUGUACAAGCUCACUAAGAAGGGUUUACAGCAGCGGAUGUUCUUUCUGUUCUCAGAUAUGUUACUCUACACAAGCAAAGGGGUUACAGGGACAAAUCAAUUCAAAAUUCAUGGACAUCUUCCUCUGCAUGGCAUGUUGGUGGAGGAGAGCGAAAACGAAUGGGCCGUCCCACACUGCUUCACCAUCUAUUCGGCACAAAAAACCAUAGUGGUGGCAGCAAGUACCCGCCUGGAGAUGGCGAAGUGGAUGGAAGACCUAAACAUGGCAAUUGAAAUGGCCAAGAAAUCUACUGAGAAAUCGGACACGCUUCUGGAGAACUCAGUAUGCAAUCGCUCCAACAGAUCCUCUGAUGAGGUCUCUCUAGAACAAGAGUCCGAAGAUGACAUACACUCUUCUCGUAGCUCCUUGGACAGGCAGAGCCACCACCGUGCCAACACAACCAUGCACGUGUGCUGGUACCGCAACACAAGCGUCUCCAUGACUGACCACAGUGUGGCCGUCGAGAACCAGCUCUCUGGAUACUUGCUGAGGAAGUUCAAGAACAGCAACGGCUGGCAGAAACUGUGGGUCGUCUUCACCAACUUCUGCUUGUUCUUCUACAAAACGCACCAGGAUGAUUAUCCCUUGGCCAGUCUCCCGCUGCUUGGCUACGCGGUCAGCUCCCCUGGAGAGGCAGACGGUAUUCAGAAGGAUUAUGUCUUCAAGCUGCAGUUCAAGUCCCAUGUGUAUUUCUUCAGGGCCGAGAGCAAAUACACCUUUGAGAGGUGGAUGGAGGUGAUCAAGAGAGCCACCAGCUCUCCGGCCAGGUCGAGCCUGCUGCUUCCGAAGGAUGAGAAGGACAGUCACACAGACUGA